AGCCCGGAAAAACAAAACGUGGAGGAUAAAAAAGAGAGAAGGAGGGUUCGCUUAAACGUCUCUCUCUCUCUCUCUCUCUCUCUCUCUCUCUGAAGGCUUCUUCGCUGUGUUGCCAUAACACAAAAGGGAAGAGAGAGAAAGAGCCCACCACACGAGCAUACCCGCGCCACCCAACACAACUACUGUCGUGUGUGUGUGUGGGUUUCUUCCUUCCAACUUGGAAGAAUUAAAGUUUCUGUCUUUUCCCCUUUCCUGGUUUUGGGGUGUUGUUGAAGAUGUUGGUAGCUAACAGCUUUGAUCUAUGGCGCAAAGACGCUUUCUUCUCUGCAGCGGAGGAGGUGCAGGAAUCGGCUGAUAUAAUGGAAUCUGCGUACAGGGCAUGGUUGAGAGAGAAGAGAGAAAGGUCAACUCCUGAGGAAUUAAAUGAACUAUGCAGGGAGCUGCAAACUGCUUUAGGUACCGCAAAAUGGCAGUUGGAGGAAUUUGAGAAAGCUGUCAGGCAAAGCUACCGACACCAUGGUGAUGAUAAUACAACCACUAGGCAUAGGCAGUUUAUUUCUGCCAUUGAAAGCCAAAUUACCCAGGUUGAAGCAGCACUGAGGGAAUCCUACAUUGAGGAAGGCAAGCAACCCCUUCGGUGGGUAAAUCUGGAUGAAGAAGAGCGAGAUGAUCUGGCUGCAUUUCUAUCUGGAACUUGUCAUACCGCACAAUGCACUAAUGGUGAUUGCAUGGGGGUUACUUCUUUGAUGAUAAACUCACUUCAGGAGAAGCAAGUAAAGAAAGAAGAUAAGAAUGUAAAUAUACACGCAUUCCGCAACCAGGAUAUCUCUUCUAGUGAAAACUCUUCUAAGGAUGUUAACAAGGAUACAGAUUAUGUGAUAGAAAUAAAAGCAGAUGCUGUUUCUAGAAGUAAUGAUGAUGUAGUUUCUCAAACAGAUAGAGCAACCAGUACUAGGAAGAUGUGGAGUCCACCUAAUUAUAGUGCUUUAAAAAUUGUAAUUGCUGAUGAAGGUGAACAAAGAGAUAAACCUACACGGACUGUUGAUGCCACCCCAAAAGAAAAAGGAUUCAAACACCUCUUUUGGAAACAAAAAUUUGAAGAAUAUCCUCAGGCCAUGCGGGUAGUUCGAAUGUUCAAUCAGCGUUUUGGGCGUAUUGGUAUAUGCCAGAGCCAGAGACAGUUUCAUAGUUCCCCACAUUUGCGAUAUGGCUGUUCUGUUCAAGUUACACUUGCUCUAAUGUUGACCAUUUUCCUCAUUGUUCCGUUUGUACUUUAUUCAACUUGAGCUAAACGGCUUCUUCGCUCAAUCAGUUCAAGAGGGCUUUACUUGUCCUGGUGGAUGAACAAGGUGAUUUGAGAUCUCAGCCACUGGCUUCAAAUAUUGAUGGGACAGGUUAUAGCUAAAGGGACAGUGAAGACAAUGAGUGUCGCCUUCCAUUUUGUCGUUGUUGAGAUUAAGAUGAAUUUACCUCUGUGGAUACUGAUAGGAUAACCAACAUACAGGACAACUGUCUAUUCUAGCUUCUCAGAGCUGUUAAAAUGUAUAUACAUUCAUCCAAUAUUUAAUGCAACUUCCGCUUUAUUUGGUUGCAACACUAUCAAUUCAAUGAAAACUCAACCUUCAAUUCAAAGUUAAA